AUGUAUUAUAACAUAUUACUGCCAUCAUCCAAAGUUUGGAAAAAAUACUGGAUAAAUUUUAAUGGGCAGUUUCUCGAUAUAUGCGUUGACGAAAUGACAGCGCCAUUUGCUGUUCUUCAUCUUGGUAUCCAUAAAAUUAGACCAACUCAAUCUUUUCCAUAUCCAAAUGUAUUUGAAUUCUACGAAGAGAUUAAAAUUACAGAUAGUUCAGUAUUCUUUUAUUCUUACGACAUUAUGGAUACGUUUGAUUUUUUCAAGAAAACACACGACGCUUUUGUUAAAUGGAAGAUGUUCAUUGCCAAUGAAAAAUCACCAAAGUCUUACAUUUGCGAUCUAACUAAACAGAAAAAUAGAAUUAUGAAAAGUUCAGUGCAAUGUAGUGUACAACCAGAAAAAGUUAUCUUAGGAAAGGGUUCAAAAGAAUUGAAGUCAUUUCCUUAUGAUGGAACUCAACUAUUUUCACCAACUUAUGAUUUAGAAAAGCCGUCACUACUGAUUGGUCCUGAUAAGGAAGAGUAUCGAGCUAAUACUAUCGAAGAUUUUAAAGAUUUGCUUGAAGCAAUUUAUUUCAAUAUCCGCUUCGCUUCGAAUCAUAAGAUUCAGCCGCAAAUUGCUUAA